AUGGUCCUGAAAAAGUGUAACAUCUGUGACCGCCGGUUCAAAAAGACGGAGCACUUCAAGCGUCACGAACGAUCGCAUACCAAGGAAAAACCGUACGAGUGUAAUGUCUGUCACAAACGCUUCUCCCGAAGCGAUGUUCUCAGCCGUCAUGCAAAGGGCCACAACGGCGCCUCCGCAAGUGCUACCACCAGCGUUGUAAAGAGUCAACCUCAUCCAGCGCCCAGUCAGAUUUAUGACCAGCAGCACUCGCUAGUCAAUGACAGUAGUCAAUUGAUCCCUAAUGUGAAUUCCUGCGACGUACAACCAGUGCAAAGUAUGCCAGUCAUGCCACGCGAUGCCCCUCUACCAACAGCAGCUGGCAUCCAACCAUCUUCUCUUGACUUUCUGGCGGACAUAUCCGCGCACCAGGCUCGGACGGGGCCGCAGAUCAACUCUUUGUUAAUGGAUGAGCAGCAGAAUUAUUUUGAAUGGGGUGACGUGGGAGCAACAGAAGCCCCCGCAUAUAGAGCCUCGCUGUUCGACCCUAUGCCAAAUGACGUUUUGCAAUUCUGGCUGGAACCUCGAGGCGAUACCACCUCUCAUCAUAGCUCGAUAGACCUCGCGCCUGAGGCCACUAUGGGUUCGAUAAGCGAUCGAGCUACAGUACCGCCCGAUGAGCGGCUACAUAGCCAUCCGGUUGAGGGGAUGAGCAUCCAGUCCGGAAACGACAUCCCGAGUGAACGGUUUGCCAGGGUUCAGCGGUAUUGGCUUGCUCCAUCCAAUGGCGCUGGGCGUCUCAUGAAUGCUCUAUGGCGAGAUGUAGUUCGCAUUUCCCUGGACAAUAUCUUCAACCUAUAUUCCGGGCAAUCCUAUAAUAAUUCCCCUGCCCUGCUAAUAGGGUCAAGGUAUGGGCUGGACGAGGAGUGCAGGCAGCAUCUUCACGCAACCUUUGGCCAGAUUCAAAUCUCAGAUCCACAUUUGAGACAGUCAGAUGCAACCCCGGUUUCUUCAGCAGGGUCUGCGGCAACCUUUGGCUCCCUUCACACCUUCCCCCCGGCCGAGGUCUUAGACAUGGCUCUGGACUUGUAUUUCCGCAACUUCCACCCCCUUGUGCCUUUCAUCCAUAUCCCUACAUUCACUGCAAAGAAGUCCCGCUCGUCAGUGCUCUAUGUCAUGUGUCUGAUUGGUAUGAUCUUGCUGGGAACCAAGGGGACGACAACCUUCGUCUCAAAGAACUUCAAUCUGGUGCUUGCACGAAUUACGGGCGAGCUGGCUAAGUGUGCGGCUGGAAAUCAGGACGCUGUGGGCACUUUGUCUACCUUUGCAGCGGCAUUUCUGUUUCUUAAUCUUGCUGCGAUGACCGGGGAGAAGGAACACAUAGCGCAGAGCCAAAUGCUCUAUAUCAGCCUCGUUACUGUCGCGCAACGACAUGGGCUGUUUGCAGCAACAGAAGGCCAAAUACUUGAUAUGAGCAUUUUUGAGACCGUGCCUGAUGUCGACGCGAGGUGGAAGGCAUGGAGUAAAGUCGAGUCGGUGAAAAGACUCAUCACCGGACUCUUGCUGCUCGACUCUUGGUAUUCUUCCUUCUUAUCGAUGAGCCCUGUCAUUGUGCCAGAUGCUAUACAGCUCAUUCUCCCAUGUGAUGAAGCGCUUUUCAACGCGAAAAGCUCCAUGCAGUGGAUGCAGCUGAUUCGCAGUGGCAAGCGAGUUCUAAUGCCAACUGUUGUUGCUCCGUCAGAAAAUGUCGAUCUUCCGGCACUGGACGGCUCAGUGGAUGGCUUGUGUAUGCACGGGGUGCUAGCAAUGGUACAAUUACGACUAUCCGAGGCUUAUCAUCGUCUACUGUCGAAUCGUGCGAGCUAUCCGUUCGCGCCAUGCCACACAUACGCGAUGGACGGUCGAGCGAGGUGCCUACCUACCCUCCAGUUGCAGAUCACCAAUAAGUACAGCGAGGCUCUUGAACGACUUGACGUGAAUGUUGCCGUUAUGUGGCAUAACAUGUGCAUGACGCUCACGGCUGACAUCCAAAUAUUUGACCUGGCCGCUGGACGUGCAGGUCCCCUUCCUGCUCGAAAGGCUUUGGAUGAUAUUGCGGCGUGGGCUCAAACACCUGCAGCCAGAAGAGCGUGUCUCCACGCAGCACAAAUCUACAAAGCCAUGAUGAACCGAAAAGCCUCAGAUCAUACCAUGUUCCACUCCGUGUUCGCACUCUUCUCUGCGGGGCUUGUGCUGGCGCUGUAUACAUUCAUGGCACCGAACCCUCCCGCGGCAUCGGCCGGAGGCACUUCAAUAGAGCUGCUGGACAACAUCAACUGGCAGUCAGUUGGUCGAGAGGGGUUCACUAGUUUCAUGGAACCCCGAGGCAGUCAGUCCUUUAUUCCCUCGGAUAACCCAGCAGUAAAUUUCAUCCGCAACGGAGGGACGAUGUAUCUUCGUGGAGUCCCCAUCCAAGGAGGCUAUCAAUCGGCACGACGGAUCAUGCUGGAUUACGCAGGGCUCUUGAAAGAUGCUGGCAAAUGGAGCGUCCGGAAGUUCUCCCAUAUCCUUCAUAUCAUGGGCGACGUGCUUAUGGAUGUGGAAUGA